AUGAAGCAUCUUCGAAUGCUUUGUGGCCAUGCAUUAAAAAUUUUGGAUGUCAUGGAUGUAAAAGAGACAAUCCCUAGCAACUACAUUAUGAAAAGAUGGACAAAAGAUACUACUGUCAUGACUCCUAUAGAUAUAAAUAAAGACAAGGAAGAUGUUCCUGUAGCUUCUUCAACCCACGCUGAAAAUGCACAAGAAGGUAGUAACGGUGUUGAAGUCUUUGUAGAUAGUGCAAAUGUUGCAAAAGUGAUGGGUUUAAAGAGGAAAGAGCCAAUAUAUCGUGUUAACACUCGACCAAAGAGUUUCUUGGAAAAAACUUCAAAAAGAAAAAAGAAGCCUUUAUCGACACCAGCUGCUCAAUUUCGUGUAUCGCACCUUGUGAACAAUUGCACAAAUUCAUACACCCACUUUCCACCGCCAGUGAACUACAACUCACUUGUAAAGUUAUCAAUCUAUUACUUGUAA